GAUAAUUAUAAUCCAACACAUCUCUGUAGUAGCGUCCAUGUUGAUUCCACAUUCAGACUUAAGAGCACAUGAACACACACUGAAGUCAGAAGAACAACUUAACAACUCGUAAAAUGGGACCACCAGAGGAGCACCUGAAUGCACCGUGAGCCUCUUGCAAUUUGCGACCCUCACCACUAGAUGCCACUAAAACUUACACACUGAACCUUUAAUGUACCGUACAGUACAAUACACCAAACAACUAAAAAAUGAUUCUGCCCCAACAUCCUGUUUUGGUCUGGGACAGGCCAGAGAAACUUGUCCUCCUCCUCCUCCUCCUCCUCCUCCUCUCUGGUGUCCUGGACAUCUUCUUCACAUCUCUCUGGAUCCGUUGUUCCAAAACUGAAUGAACUUACUCAACCCUUUUAUUUAUCUAUUGAAGGUUGUGAUUGGUUUGUGACCAAUUAUGACUCUUUGUGUUUCCACCUGGGUAGCUGUGAGCUAACUGAGCUCAACCUGUGCUGACUUGAGUGAACAAUAUUGAAUGUUAGUGCUUUCUAAAUGACCACAUGGUGUAGGCAAUGAGAAAUGAAGGGAUUUGUGUGUAGAGUUUUGCAGAGACAGUUCAACAAACCUGAAUCAUGUGUUAAAGCAGUUUAGGGAAAUGGGUGUGCUUUUUGACAAAUGGCAUUAUGGUUUUAUAAUUGUUGUUGAAAAGCCUGAUUAUUUUGUUUAAGCCUUCAAGAAAAACUGCAAUUUAUCUUUAAGACACCAGAGAACAUGAACUGACAUGUCAGGUUCAGCAAAGUGCAGCAUGACCUGCCGUCAGUCACCAAAAUGUUGGAUGGACACCAGAGAAAAUAAAAUCCUGGGGAAGUGUAGUACAGACUAAAGUGAAUCAAACUAGUCUAUUAAUAAUGUAAUUUAUUUAGAAGCUGCAGUCACACCUUUCACUGUAUACUGGUGAUUUCUAGUUACAUCAGAUCAGAAGUAAAAGUACUCUAUUACAGGUAAAAGCAAUGCAUCUGUAAAAGUGUCUUUAAAAUGUAUUUCUAGUAUUAAAAGGUACCUCCAGUACAAGAACCUUAAAACUUUACUUGAGUCAUUUAUUUUCGUGCCACUUUCUACUUAAACUCCGCGACAUCUCGGAGGGAAAUAUACUUUACAUAUGAAGUGUUUAUAAAAUAUAAUGUUUUGUUUUAAAUAUAAAUGAAGUACUGCUGAAACGAUUAGUCAAUUAAUUGCCAACUAUUUUGAUGAUUGUAUAAAAACAUUUCAUCGUUUCAGCUUCUCUCAUGAUAAUUUGCAAUUAAAAUCACUUUUGUGUUUGAUUAUUUUCUGAUGGACAGAUGAUACAUAAUUUUUAUUUUUUAUUUAGUUUAUUUACUUACUUGUAUAUGUUGACUACCUCUGGGAUGAACAGUGUUGUGUUGUCUAAAAUAAAGAGAGUGCUGCUCUUUCUGCUUCUUAGUUCAUCAGAUAGGACUUUGUUCUUUCUACACAAACUUUUAUUUUGAAGGUGUGGGAAGACGUGGUACCGGAAGCGCAUUUCCUUCCUUUGUCAGCACGCCAACGUGUUCGUGUGUUCCCGGAGUGAACUAGAGCCUGUAUGUUUGGAUAAACCUUCUUUUAUACAGUCAGUGGGAUAAACGUGUUAAAGUGGAAACUUUGGUUUCACCUUUCAUCUCCUGUUAGCCACGAAUGCUAACUGAAGUUAGCUUAGCUUGCUAGCUGGAAAUAGACGGAACUCGGCCACACAGCGCUGGUUGGAGGAACUCUGAGUCCAAACUGUGUUUUUCAUUUGUUUAAAAUGUCUAAAGUCCAGAUGCUGAGAGGUUUUAUCAACCAGCGACUAACUGCGGCUGCUGAAGAGAUAUUUGGGCUGUUUGAAAGAACGAUAUCAGAGUACGAGGAGGAACUCUGUCGUUCCAAAGAGGAGAACCAGAGACACAGGAAACUACUGGACGCUGUUUUCCAGCCUGAAGUCCGGUUACACAGAGCAGACGUCCAGCAGCUGUUGGUGAGUAAAGAAGAGGUUCCACCUGAGCAGCAGCAGUGGAGCCCCAGGCUGGACCAGGAGGACCCACCAGAGCCGUCGCACAUUAAAGAAGAACAGGAGGAACUCACGACCAGUCAGGAGGGAGAGCAGCUUCCAGAGCUGGAGGAGGCUGAUAUCGCCAACUUCCCAAACGUCCAGCAGCUGUUGGUGAGUAAAGAAGAGGUUCCCCCUGAGCAGCAGCAACAGUGGAGCCCCAGGCUGGACCAGGAGGACCCACCAGAGCCGCCACACAUUAAAGAGGAACAGGAGGAGCUCUGGAACAGUCAGGAGGGAGAGCAGCUUCCAGGACUGGAGGAGGCUGAUAUCACCAAGUUCCUAUUCACUCCUGUCCCUGUGAAGAGUGAAGAAGAUGAUGAAGAGAAACCUCAGUCCUCACAGCUUCAUCAAAGCCAAACUGAAGCUAACAGAGAUGCAGAUAAUUUGAAAACAGAAACAGAUGGAGAGGACUGUGGAGGGCCAGAACCAGCCAGGAACUUUAAUCCAGAUAGUCCUUUACAAGCAGAUACUCAUGACCAGACUUCACUCUGCUCUGAACCUGAGACUGAUGAUAGUUGUGAUUGGGAGGAGACCAGGAAACCUCAGCCAGGUUUAAACCCUCUGCAAAACAAUGAAGUACCUGUAAGUGAUCAGGAAUGUAACACUGGAGGAACAUCAGUUAGCUCCUCUGAAUGUGCUGCAAGAUUUGGUAACAAGGGACAUCUGCAGAACCACAAUGGAACCCAAACAGGUGUGAAACCAUUUAGCUGCUCAGUUUGUGGUAAAAGAUUCACACAAAAGGCAUAUCUGCGACGACACUCUACAGUCCACACAGGGGAGAAACCAUUUAGCUGCUCAGUUUGUGGUAAAAGAUUCACACAAAAGGGAAAUCUGAGACUACACACUAAACUCCACACAGGGGAGAAACAGUUUAGCUGCUCAGUUUGUGGUAAAAGAUUCACAGAAAAGGCAAGUCUGAGACGACACUCUACAGUCCACACAGGGGAGAAACCAUUUAGCUGCUCAGUUUGUGGUAAAAGAUUCACAGAAAAGGGAAGUCUGAGACGACACUCUACAGUCCACACAGGGGAGAAACCAUUUAGCUGCUCAGUUUGUGGUAAAAGAUUUGCACAAAAGGGAACUCUGCGACGACACUCUACAGUCCACACAGGGGAGAAAAAUUUUAGCUGCUCAGUUUGUGGUAAAAUAUGCAAAGACAAGGGAACUCUGCGACGACACUCUACAGUCCACACAGGGGAGAAACCAUUUAGCUGCUCAGUUUGUGGUAAAAGUUGCAAAAACAAGGGAUCUCUGCGACGACACUCUACAGUCCACACAGGGGAGAAACCAUUUAGCUGCUCAGUUUGUGGUAAAAGAUUCACACAUAUGGGAACUCUGAGACUACACGCUAAAGUCCACACAGGGGAGAAACAAUUUAGCUGCUCAGUUUGUGGUAAAAGAUUCACACAUAUGGGAACUCUGAGACUACACGCUAAAGUCCACACAGGGGAGAAACAAUUUAGCUGCUCAGUUUGUGGUAAAAUAUGCAAAGACAAGGGAACUCUGCGACGACACUCUACAGUCCACACAGGGGAGAAACCAUUUAGCUGCUCAGUUUGUGGUAAAAGAUUUGCACGAAAGGGAAAUCUUGGACCACACUCUGCAGUCCACACAGGGGAGAAACCAUUUAGCUGCUCAGUUUGUGGUAAAAGAUUCACAGAAAAGGGAAGUCUGAGACGACACUCUACAGUCCACACAGGGGAGAAACCAUUUAGCUGCUCAGUUUGUGGUAAAAGAUUCACACAAAAGGGAACUCUGAGACUACACGCUAAACUCCACACAGGGGAGAAACCAUUUAGCUGCUCAGUUUGUGGUAAAAGAUUCACAGAAAAGGGAAAUCUAAGACGACACUCUAAAAUUCACACGGGAGCGUUUAGUUCCUUACUCGGCUCCACAGUGUCAAAAGAUACGCAAACGGUAAAAAAUGAAGCUGCUUUUUGAAUGUUGGUCAGAGUCAAGAAUUUCCAAAUCAACAUUUAGGGCUGCACGAUUAAUCUAAUUGCCGUCGCGAUGUGGUCAUGUGCGAUUACAUAACUGCAAAAAGUGUGCGAUUUAAGCAGAAAAAGUUAUGCCGAGUUUUGCAUGGCUGCCGAGAAUUGCAUGCAAAACUCGGCUACUGCUUUUAAACGCUAUACUAUCCUUCCUGGGGUUCAUCAAUGGUGACAAAUGAUUCGGAGUGGCCUAUUUAACCUUCUUUUUUUUUUUGAACGUUUAGAGUCGUUAAUAUUUCGUUACACACAUUCAUUGAGAAUCAGCUAAAAUAUGUGGUGAUAACCGUGUUUGAUCAAUGAGCACAGCAAAGUGUCUGAAAAGGACUUUAAGAGGUGGAUGCAGAAUUCACCAGAAGAGAUGUUGUAGGCUACCUGCAGAGAUUUGCAUCCACCUCUCUUGUCAGCAUAAAUGAGCGUUAUCAGCCGCGAGGUGCAUGCAACUCUCAGCAGGCAGGAAGAAUUCGGCACAACACCUGUUGCUCUGUGACAGAGACAGUUACAGCAACGUUACGUGUCGUUGGCAGCUAAAGCGGUACGACAGAAGAAAACAGGGAUAAGAUAAAGAAGAUUUGGCUUUGGAUUGCUGGCCAGUUAACAUUAGCUGUAUUGCUGCCUUUUGAUUUUCAACUUUUCCUAAAUCUAUAAAGCCGAUGUAUGUCACAGUCAUCAUUUAAAGAGUUAUUUUAUAGUGUAAAAUUAGGAUCACAGUGUUACAACUCUAUAGCUCUGAGUGUAUCUGCUCCUUUUUGUAUCUGUAACUGUCCAGGCUCAGCAGUAGCACAUGUAUGUGCGUAAGCAAGCACGUGUGCUUUGUGAGCACAGUGAACACAGCAAGGCAUCAUCAAAAACACCAGCAAAGGAAGUUGUAGAAGCAGAAUUAGCCAAAAUUGUGUUACAAAACAUACGUCAAUAUAGUCCAUCACAGUCAGAAUGUCCUGUCUCUAAUACACAGCACAAAAGACACCAGCUUAUUCCACAAAGUGAGGUUUUUGGUUAAAAUAGCAUGAUCAGCAUGGACACAGAGAGGGGGACUAGUGCAGACACAAAGACAGACAUUGUGCAGUAAUCAGUGAUUAUCUUUAAUGAGUAAUAAUCAUUAAUUAGUAUUAAUCAUUUUCUUUUUACCUAGAUGUGCCUUAUUUUUUACUUAUAAGUAGUGAACUUUAGUCAGGAAUGCAGUAACGAGCUCACUGUGGUUCAGAUCCCUGAGUGGGAGCAUUGGCUGCAGACACUGAGACUACGUACACCUUGUUCAACUGUUAUCUACUGUAGAGUUAUGACUGCAGGUGAGGCUGCAGAUGUUCAAAAUCUGCUGACAAGUGCAUGCUUUGGUCUACUGUUAUCUACUGUUGUUAUGAUUACAUGAGGAAUUGCUGAUGUGUUAGUCUGCUGAUAUUAAGACUACAUGUUUAAUUACUGAUUAUGGGGUUGAUUGUCAACUUCCAACCUCUGAUGCUUAGAGCCUGUGUGAACUUUGAGUGAAGUUGCUGAAGGAAUCUUUGCUGAGCAGAAAGACGACAGACACAGCCAGCACAACAUCAAGAUUACUGUAAGAAACCAAGCAUUAAUGAAAGAUACAGCAGUACAUAAGUUAUUCUUGUUUUCAUUUUUAAGAAAUAAAAUUGUGUGUCAAAUAAAGCAUGCGUAACUCUGCGUAAAGUCAACCAUACAGUAAUAAAUGACAGCUGGAGAACAGUGUUAAUUGGUAAAAAACAACACAACAGCAGAGGAAAAGAAGUUUACCAUAAGGAAAAGAGGGGGCAGUCCGGCCCAGAAGGGGUUAUAUAAGGCUGUCUUCUGACCACUGGGUUGACUCCAUCCUCUGACCUGCAGGGAUGUUGUACGGGUUUAUCUGUCCUGCUUUGGAAUAAACUCUUUUGCACCGACUCUUGACCAUUUCCAGAGAAGUUUUUGAUUGCAAAAUUGACUAUAAUGGAAAGUUAGAGUAUUUUUUGACAAAGUUUAUAAAGCUGGUGGAGGUGGGAUUCAGGCUUAACUGGCCCAGCCUGGUCGCACAUCUGACCCAACAUCCUCCCGUGGUGUUGUAGUUCUUUCUUUCGCUAGUCCAAAUAUAAUAUGCUGUGUUACGACUACAAAGACCAAGAUGCAGCUGUCGUGUUAUUGCUGCGAGUCUCUUUCGGAUUGUACCGCACAUAUAAAACGGUUUUAUUCUCCAGCUGUGCGAAAGUGCAACCUUAGCAACUCUUGCCUGAAAGAAUCAGAGCUUAGGGGCUGGUUUAAACCAGUCGCUAUCAGCGUUUUUGAAGCCUACUGUCGCUGCUUAAUGAAUGAGUGUCGCUCCUAAACUUUCACACGAUCAUUAAUGAUUUCAGUAAGUUAUGGUAACACUGAGCGCAUGGCUGUGUCCCUCUCCUCAUUCAAAAUUUGCGGAGGAUAAGAUUAACAUUAAGUUGUCGGGUUACAGCUCAGUCCUGUACUGCACAUCUUGAUAGUUAAAUUAUAAGAAAGGAUGUUGGUGACCACGGAGGAGCUGAGGUUAGUAACGUUAAAGCUAAUUAGGUAAACUGGUCCUUUUAAGCUAAUGAGCAGAUUAUUCUUUUGGGUUUUAAUGUACAAAUGAAUUGCUUGUAAUUAUACAGAAGACAGGUGGUUCUCAUGUUGCCUGUUUUUUAUGUUAAUUUCUACAAAUGUAUAAAGCAGUAAAUUUAGACACAAAAGGCAAACAUGAAUAAUCCUCUCUGUAAUAAUUCUGAGGUCAUGUUACCGGUGUUUUCCUGCCAUUAUAAGGCGAUGACGCUCAAAACUGCUUGGUGCUGCGCCAUGAAUUUAAAAUCAUUGUGGAGAGCAACAAAACUAAUCACACAGAUUAACAAACUAAUGGUUAUAAUUCAAAAUUAGACUUAUUUAGCAAGUUUAGCUUUUAGGGUGUAGUUUAUUCAGAUCUGCUCUAGAUUUUCCUACUUGUCAUUCACAGUGGUGGUAAUAACAAUGUUCCAAAAUUAUGUGGAAUUGCAUAUUUCUGUACUGGAAAACAUUCUUGGGGGAUGACGCCCAAACCCCCUGCACAUAAAUACCAUGUGAAAGCAUGUUUUAAUCCCCACGGACAUUAUUAUUAUUUGUAAAUGUACUUGCUUUGCACCUGCCUCAACUUCUCUUCUUCCUGCGCUGUUAAUUACUUAGCUUAUCAAGGUCAUCGUCCAUCCUGGUGUUUCGUUGUUGAAAUCACCCAACCCUAAUUUUUAACACAUUUAUUUACUCUGCGCGUCUCGUACAAAAGUGAGUCCACCCCUCACAUUUUUGUAAAUAUCUGAUCAUAUCUUUUCAUGUGACGACGCUGAAGAAAAGACACUUUGCUGCAAUGUCCUCACUUUAGUUGCCAGCAGUUUAGACAUUAAUGGCUGUGUGAUGUGUUAUUUUGAGGGGACAGCAAAUUUACACUGUUAUACAAGUUGAACACUCACUACUUUACAUUGUAGCAAAGUGUCAUUUCUUCAGUGUUGUCACAUGAAAAGAUGGAAUCAAAUAUUUAAAAAAUGUGAGGGUUUUAUUCACUUUUGUGUAUAUUGUAUAUAAAUACAAGAAAUAGCAUUGUACUGUGGUGGAAGAAAUACCCAGUUUGUAAAUUACAAAUAUCACACUGAAAAUACUCCACUGCAAGUAAAAGUCCUGCAUUGAAAACCUUACUCAAGUAAAAGUAAGUAUUAUCAUGUGGAGACCGACUAAAGGCUUACGUUGUACAAGGAAAAGAGAUUUUGUGAUACACAUGAGAACCCACACAGGUGAGAAACAGGAUAUUUUCACCAGUGUAGAAAAAGUUGCAUAGACGCGUGAAUCCAAUCUGAGGAGAGUCCUUAUAUCUGCUCAGUUUGUAGUAAGGGUUUUUGACAACACGUUUUGACCCUACGGGAGAUUCAGCUGCAGUGUGAGAAGUAUACUGAACUUUGAUUCCUCCAAAAUCACAUAUUACAUAUAGAUAUUUUGCUAACAUAUAAUUUGUUAUAAAUGUUAGUUUGUUGUCCAUGUAGAGUAAACUAGAUGUCUGCGUGUUGUUUAUAUGCUCUGAUAAUUAUAAUCCAACACAUCUCUGUAGUAGCGUCCAUGUUGAUUCCACAUUCAGACUUAAGAGCACAUGAACACACACUGAAGUCAGAAGAACAACUUAACAACUCGUAAAAUGGGACCACCAGAGGAGCACCUGAAUGCACCGUGAGCCUCUUGCAAUUUGCGACCCUCACCACUAGAUGCCACUAAAACCUACACACUGAACCUUUAAUGUACCGUACAGUCCAAUACACCAAGGCAAGGCAAGUUUAUUUGUAUAGCACAUUUCAACAAUAAGGUAAUUCAAAGUGCUUUACAUAAAACAUAAAAGCAACAUAGGGAAAUUGAAAAAAUACACAUUAAUAAAUAAUAACAAAUUAUUCUGCCCCAGCAUCCCGUCUUUGGUCUGGGACAGGCCAGAGAAACUCGUCCUCUUCCUCCUCUCCCUACCGCACUUCCUCCUCCUCCUCUCUGGUGUCCUGGACAUCUUCUUCACAUCUCUCUGGAUCCGUUGUUCCAAAACUGAAUGAACUUACUCAGCCCUUUUAUUUAUCUAUUGAAGGUUGUGAUUGGUUUGUGACCAAUUAUGACUCUUUGUGUUUCCACCUGGGUAGCUGUGAGCUAACUGAGCUCAACCUGUGCUGACUUGAGUGAACAAUAUUGAAUGUUAGUGCUUUCUAAAUGACCACAUGAGAAAUGAAGGGAUUUGUGUGUAGAGUUUUGCAGAGACAGUUCAACAAACCUGAAUCAUGUGUUAAAGCAGUUUAGGGAAAUGGGUGUGCUUUUUGACAAAUGGCAUUAUGGUUUUAUAAUUGUAGUUGAAAAGCCUGAUUAUUUUGUUUAAGCCUUCAAGAAAAACUGCAAUUUAUCUUUAAGACACCAGAGAACAUGAACUAACAUGUCAGGUUCAGCAAAGUGCAGCAUGACCUGCUGUCAGUCACCAAAAUGUUGGAUGGACACCAGAGAAAAUAAAAUCCUGCGGAAGUGUAGUACAGACUAAAGUGAAUCAAACUAGGCUAUUAAUAAUGUAAUUUAUUUAGAAGCUGCAGUCACACCUUUCACUGUAUACUGGUGAUUUCUAGUUACAUCAGAUCAGAAGUAAAAGUACUCUAUUACAGGUAAAAGCAAUGCAUCCGUGAAAGUGUCUUUAAAAUUUAUUUCAAGUAUUAAAAGGUACCUCCAGUACAAGAACCUUUAAAACCGUACUUAACUACAAAUUUGAGGUACUUUUACUUUACUUGAGUCAUUUAUUUUCGUGCCACUUUCUACUUAAACUCCGCGACAUCUCGGAGGGAAAUAUACUUUACAUAUGAAGUGUUUAUAAAAUAUAAUGUUUUGUUUUAAAUAUAAAUGAAGUACUGCUGAAACGAUUAGUCAAUUAAUUGCCAACUAUUUUGAUUGUAUAAAAACAUUUCAUCGUUUCAGCUUCUCUCAUGAUAAUUUGCAAUUAAAAUCACUUUUGUGUUUGAUUAUUUUCUGAUGGACAGAUGAUACAUAAUUUUUAUUUUUUAUUUAGUUUAUUUACUUACUUGUAUAUGUUGACUACCUCUGGGAUGAACAGUGUUGUGUUGUCUAAAAUAAAGAGAGUGCUGCUCUUUCUGCUUCUUAGUUCA